CCUAGACGUAUCACAAUUUUUAAUAACACUGAUAAUUUUAAAACUCUCCAUGACCGUACAGAUGAAAAUAAUUUCUUAAAUAAAAAAAAAAACGUUAUUUAUAUAAAGUAAAAAUUUAAAAAUCAAUUUUUGUUUCCCAAGACUGAUUCCGAGUGUUCAAAUGAGGAGAACAUCAUAACAUUAAUUCGAAACUGAUAAUUCUUGACUAGUUUUCAACAUAACCUCACGAUGAGUACAAAAACUAAUAGUGGAGGGGAAAUCGAUCCUGUACAAGAAGAAUUAGUUGGCAGAAUUCGUGAAGUAGGAAAUCAAGCAAUUUGGAGUCUGUCAAGUUGCAAACCCGGUUUCGGAGUUGAUCAAUUACGAGAUAAUAUCACUGAGACUUACUGGCAAUCGGAUGGUCAAUUACCACAUCUUAUAAAUAUUCAGUUUAGAAAAAAAACUACCAUUAAAGACAUUUGUAUAUACACUGAUUAUAAAUUGGAUGAAAGUUAUACACCAAGCCGAAUAAGUGUCAGAGCUGGAACAAACUUCAAUGAUUUACAAGAGGUUGAAAUAAUGGAUCUGAAUGAACCUAGUGGAUGGAUAGUCAUACCAAUAAAAGACAUCAAUGAUCGUCCAAUACGUACUUUCAUGAUUCAGAUUGCAGUUAUCAGCAAUCAUCAAAAUGGAAGGGAUACACAUAUGAGACAAAUCAAAAUUCAUAGUCCGGCACAAGAUAUUUUAAGGCCUUCUUUAUAUUUUCCUGAAAAGUUUGUUACAAAUGAAUUUAAAUAUUUUUCAGUAAUUAGAUAAAUAUGUAUAAUUUUUAGAUAACGAAAGAAUUAUUUAUUCUAUAUUAGGAUUUAAAUUGUUUUCUAUAUAUAUUAUCAUUAGUUUUACUUAUACGCAGGGCGAUUAAAAAAUCUAUCGAUAAUUAAAUCAUUUUAUAAAUCUCGAAAAAUUCUAUGUCUCCUGAAAAAAAGCGCGUUUUUAUUAUUUUUGAAUUUUAAAUUUCAGUGAUUUUGUUGAUGUGAUCUUUUGAAAUACGAAAAUAGAAAAAAAUUUUGUAAACCAAAAAAAAACUGGUGCAGUUACGGUUUUUUAAAAAGUUUUUCUUUCGCAUUUAAACCGAAACCCAUAUUCGAUUCCUUUUAAUCGAUUUAAAAAACCCGCUAGGAAAUAAGUACCCGUCCAAUAAUUACCCGCUUUCCCAUUAUUUUUACCAAAUUUUUUAUUCGCCACUACGAGUUACCCCUAAGGCCCAGUUUACUUCCCAAAAAUUUUCAACUCUACGACAAACUGUCGCCAAAUAUGAGAUAUUCGAACUUUUGAUUACAAUAUGGGUACAAUUGACCUCGAGUUGUCAUAAAGCUACAGCUGCUUUUUGAAGACAAGUUGACAGAAAGUUGCGGCAAAAAAUCUGGAGAAAACAGAAGUCACUGGUCGCUUUCUUUUUUGAGCAUGCGCAGAUGCGCACCAUUUAUGCGCGAAUUUUCCUUUAAUUGAACAUCAACUCCGCAGGCAUGUGACGUCAAAUUUCGGCCAUGACUUUCUGUUAACUUACAGUCAAGACGGCCAUUGAAAGUCUAGUGGAAAAAAAAUUCUGAAAUUGACAUCAUUGCCGGCAACUUGACCGAAACUUUUAAACAGAAAAUUUGCUUAGUAAAUCUAGUUAUCUAGGGUAAAAGGAAAAGUUUUGUGGUUUGCUAUAUUUAUGUGUGUAUACACAUCCGUUUAUAUACAAAAUUUGUAAUCGUAUUCGUAAUUACGUUUUGAAAAAAUUUCAAACGAUACGUCUUGUUGUUAAUUCAAUAAAUACAAAGAAAA